CAUUAAUACUUUUUCAGUAAAAAAAUCUAUAGAUAACCAGUUCUUAUCAAUUUUUCGCUUGAAAUGAUCAAUAUUGCGCUUGGAGGCCUYAGACGUAAUCAAGGCGGUUGCCGAGAAUAAUACAUUACUGGUUGACUAGCCACCUGCAAACAUUACCAUGGCACAUGGAGUAACUGUCGCCGAGUUAAAAGAGAUUGCUUGCGAAGAAAUCRACAAAAACGCUCAAGAAUUGUACGAUUUGAACCACAGAAUAUGGUCACAUCCCGAAUGUAACUACCACGAAUCAGUUUGCCAUGGAAUUCUUACUGAUUUCUUCAAAAAACACGGUUUUGACGUGACCCCGAAUUGGACGUUAGAAACCGCUUUCGGAGCGAAAUCGGGAGGAACUGAAGGUCCSUGUGUUGCUAUUAUGUGCGAGUACGAUGCUUUACCWGUUGUAGGACAUGCUUGUGGGCAUAAUUUGAUCGCUGAGGCUGGUGCUGGCGCUUCUUUGGGUAUCAAGGCUGCACUUGAGAAAACUGGUAACAAGCUUGGACAACUAAAUGUAAUUGGUUCGCCAGCAGAGGAGGGGGGUGGUGGUAAGGUCAAAAUGAUCGAAAAUGGCUGUUUUAAAAAUGUGGACAUUUGUAUGAUGGUUCAUCCAUGCCCGUACGACGGCGUGUACUUUAGAUUUCUCGAUUUAAAGCARGUAACAGUUACRUAUAAUGGCGUUUCUGCUCAUGCAGCUGCAUUUCCCUGGCAAGGUAUCAAUGCGCUAGAUGCAGCGGUUAUGGCAUACAGUAACAUCAAUGCAAUGCGUCAGCAAAUGAAGCCUACUUGGAGAGUACAUGGAAUCAUUCUAGACGGAGGAGAGAAAGCUAGCGUUAUACCUGGUAAAACCAAGAUGGAGUACUUUAUAAGAACUCCYAAUAAGGAAGACRUGAAAGAGCUUGAGGCAAAGGUUGUCGGGUGUUUUGAAGCCGCAGCUAAAGCGACAGGCUGCACAGUCCAGAUGGAGUGGAAUGAAACUGGACAUUACAGAGACAUGAAAGUCAACCCAACACUUGCGCGACUCUACCGACAGAAUGCCAGGACGUUUGGUGUGGAGUUCAUGCCUGGAUUAGAAGAGGCUCACAUUUCGCUGGGAUCUACCGAUAUGGGUAAUGUAUCCCAUACUGUCCCAUCAAUCCAUCCGAUGUUUAGCAUUGGAACAACAGCACCUAACCACUCGCCCGAGUUCACGRCCGCGGCAGGAACGCAGCUUGCACACGAGAAGACCAUUAUCGCUGCAAAAGCUUUAGCUUUGACGGCAAUAGAUGCUCUGAACGAUCCUCAGUUAUUAGAGAAAAUUAAGAGACAGUUUAAAGAUCCCAAGUCCAAAUAGUGUACAGUGACAAUGAAAUCCAGUUGAACUACAGUKAAAUAUAGUUGAAAUGAUCAUCAUCAAUAAAAUAUAUUUAACUAUUAAAUAUCCUGCGUUAAUGAGGAUAGUUCUCAAGGGAGUUCUCAAAUAAUAAUCU